CCAGCACAAUGGAGGAAGACCUGCCUGGUUACCUGAUUGCCACUUACAUCAUCUUAAGCGUGGUCCUCAUACUGCUGGUUGUCGGAAUCAUUUAUUGCCUUGUUAAACGAAACAGAAAAUUAAAAUGGCUUGGACAUCAAUCCCUAGAUGACGAAUCUAUUACUGAAAGUCUGAAGAAAGCCUCGCCAAGAAGGAAAACGCCAAGCUUUCGAAUCUCUUCGAAAUCCGGAGACAAAACUCCUCCUGAACUUUUAACUCCAGGUGGAGGGGGCACAGGGGAACCGAAGGAGUUUGUUAUUCCAGGCACUCCCACUACUCCAGUGAGUGUGAACAGCUUCACCGUAGAGCAACCACAGCCGACUCUAAGCCCCCGACAAAGUAGGAGAAAAUCAAUGACUGCCAGUCUGGACCUGAGAGAGAUAGACCCAUCCUCCAAAAUGUACUCCGCGUCGGGCCCACAAAGUCGCCAAGCCUCGACAGAAUCUUCGGGUUCUCACGGGGGAAUCGGCAUGAUGAAUUUUUCACUGAAAUACAAUCAGGAGAUGAAUUUACUGACAGUGCGCCUGAUUGAGGCGCGUGAAUUGCAACCGCGUGAUUUCAGCGGAACAUCGGACCCUUACUGCAAAAUAGCGGUGUUACCGUGCGUGACGAAAACGAUGCAGAGUCGGGUGCACCGGAAAACGCUCGACCCUGAGUUCAAAGAAAGUUUCGUUUUCGAAGUUCCCGAGCACGAACUUCACAUGCAGACUGUGAGAAUUGAACUGUACGAUUUCGACCAAUAUUCCCGCGACGAAUGUGUAGGUUUGGUCAUACUGCCCUUAACUAAUAUCGACUUAACUGAAAAAUUGGAAAUGUGGAAGGAAAUCAGACACGUUGAAGAAAGACACGAAGUGCGCACUAAAGGGCCCUUUGUCGGAGACCUCAUGUUCUCAUUAGCAUACCUACCGAGCGCAGAACGGCUGACUGUGGUUGCGUUAAAGGCCAGAAACCUCCGCGCCGUGGACGACAGAAAGAUGACGUCAGACCCCUACGUUAAAGUAUCGAUAUUCUACGCCGGAAAACGAUUGAAAAAGAAAAAAACUUCCACUAAACACCAUACUGUAAAUCCCGUGUUCAAUGAAGCAAUGGUCUUUAGUGUAGGACAAGAAUUUCUCAAACAUCUGUAUCUAGAAUUCCAUAUAAUGCACGAAAACAGAAUCGGUCAAAACGAGGUUCUUGGCCGCGUUCUACUAGGCCCCGAUUCUGACGGCGAAGAACUAGCACACUGGAAUGAAAUGACUGUCUCAAGUAAACCAAUCGCAAGAUGGCACUCUCUUAUACCUUAAUGUAUUCAUAAUGCGUACUCAUUUGCAUAUAUACGUCAAUAAACUGCCCGCCACGAUAGUCGUAUUUAUUUUCAGGGUAUUUUCAAUCAAAUUCUAUGAAUGUGUUCUGCGUGUAUGACUUACUUUAUGGUACACGGAAAAUGGCGGGUUGUAUCUGAGCUAGUUUACUGACGACAGUGACAGCAACAGCGACAACCACCAACACCACUAUCGCCGCCGCCACCGCCGCCGCCAAGAGCGAUCAACACCGACAAUUCGUACAUCAUAUUUCCGACAACACUGUAUCACCAGAGUGCAAAUGCUGAAGACGACUCUACCGUGCUCUACCACCCGGCUCUAUGGACUCUUUAAAAGUCAAUUGCUGGAUAGUGCAAACAUUUUAGUAUUAGUCGUUCAUUUUGUGAAUCCUCCCCUCGAGUAAAACAAAUACGUAUAGCUUGAUAAAUCCUAAGAUUUGCAGUGUAGUAGAAGACAUACAAGACGUAAUUUAAUACGUCGAAAAAAACCGGCAAUAAACAAGCUGCUUUUUGAUUGGCCUGGCUGUCAGGUUUGGGUAGCCGAGUGUUACUCACUCGCAUUUUGGGUGGGAGUG